UUCAGAGCAUUCACUCAUAAAUAUUUUCGAGUUGUUCAGUAUCACGUAAAUACUAGAUUGUGAAAGCAAAAUAAAAUUAUUUAAUUUUUCGUCUCAAUUACAAACAAUGGGACCCACUAGACUGUUAAUUAUAGUCUUGUUAAAUAUUGUUAUUUGUAAUUCACUUGAAGAAUGGAAUGGUUCAUCAGUUUGUCGAAAAACUGUCAGCAAACAAGUAUCGAGAUACGUGCCAUACAUCGAGACCUACACAAAACGAAUAAUAUUUUUCAAAAAAACGUUAUCAAGAUACAAUUACCGGUGGGAGUAUCACACAGAAUGGUUCGUUGAAGAAACUUGCUGUGCAGGUUACACAGAAGAGGACAAUUUGUGCCGACCAAUUUGUAAUGGGGGCUGUCCAAACGGGCUCUGUGUACGUCCUCGCGAGUGCUCUUGUGAUGUAGGUUACACACUGGUAAUUACCAGCAGUGGCCAAACAUGCGAGCCACACUGUCCGUUGGGUUGCACCAUGGGCACAUGUACAUCUCCAAACACCUGCACCUGCAACCACGGCCAUGAGUUAGCCGAUAAUGGCCAUACAUGCGUGCCUUCUUGUACAACACCAAAAUGUGGUCUUUUCAGUCAGUGCGUUUCGCCCAACGAGUGUGUCUGUGAUCAUGGAUACGAAAAAGUUUUAAAUUCAACGAUCGAAUUUCAGUGCCAGCCAAUUUGUAAUCCCGAAUGUGGAAAUCACAGUUAUUGCCGUUCACCAAAUGACUGUGUCUGUAAUCCGGGCUUCAAAAUUCCAUCGGCCAAAGAGUUCUCAUCAACGGAGGCCUAUUCUCAACCAUUGACAUGUGUACCAGAAUGUUCUCCAGCCUGUGGAGCUUACAGCUUUUGUAUUGCUCCCAAUAAAUGCGAAUGUCAAUCAGGCUACGCGUCAUCAAACAACUUGACUGAAUACGACAGCGAAUCAAUGGCACAGUGUUAUCCAGUGUGUGUACCAUCCUGUGGCCCUCAUGGUAUCUGCGAGUCUCCAAACAAGUGUCGCUGUAACCCAGGGUUCAAUUUAAUAAUCGAACGUACCACUACAACGACGGAGAUGACAUCGGUAACAUGCGAGCCUAUUUGCGAUCCCCCAUGUGGAAUCCGUGGAGACUGUAUCGCCAUCAACACAUGCUCCUGUGACGUAGGAUGGAAAGUGAUGGUUACCAAGCUUGAUGACAAAAUUGACCGCUACUGCACACCGCACUGUGAUCGACCUUGCGGUGAGUUUUCAACCUGUAUCAAAACCGAUGUAUGCGAAUGUCACCCGGGUUACGAAAUAAUCCCCACAGACCAUAACCAUUUAAAUCCUCAAGAACCUAUCAAUUGUCGCGCCACAUGUGAAAAACCUUGUAUCAAUGGGAUCUGCGCUUACCCAAACGUAUGUACAUGCAAUGAUGGUUAUAGUUUAGACAGCAAUGAUGCUUAUAACUGCGAGCCAAUUUGUGGAUCAGAAGGCUGUACUAAUGGAAUAUGUUCAGCUCCUGGACAGUGCACAUGCGAUAAAGGCUACCGCUUGAGUAAUUAUUCACAGUGGUUUUGUGAUCCCGUAUGUGACAACUGCAUAAACGGAGCUUGUAUCGCUCCCAACAAAUGUAUCUGCAAUGUGGGCUACGAGAAAAACGAAGCUGGUCAAUGCGUUCCCAGUUGCUACGGCCGUUGCGUCAAUGGAAGUUGCAUUGCACCCAAUAAAUGUCAAUGCAAUCCAGGCUUCACUCCUAACAUUGACAGUGAUAAUUUAGAAAGUAUUUUACCGAUGUGUGUGCCUUUUUGCAUGUCCAAUUGUACAAAUGGCACGUGCACAUCACCAAAUGUCUGCACAUGUAUCGAAGGAUACGAGAAAAAUAAUAAAGACGAAUGUGUGCCGAGUUGUGAUGGACGUUGCAAUUUUGGACAUUGUGUAGCGCCGGGUCAGUGCAAUUGCUAUUCUGGUUACGUCUCGGUAGAUGAUCUCAACAGCAUGUGUCAGCCAUACUGCAAAGACGGAUGCAUUAAUAGUCUGUGUGUCAGCCCUGAUACAUGUCAGUGUGACUCGGGUUACGUAACUAGCAAUAUUAAUGCAAGUUAUUGUGAACCUGUUUGUGAGAAUGGCUGUUCUCAUGGUGAUUGCAUUGGACCGAAUGAUUGCCAGUGCCAUGAAGGCUACGUACGAAAAAAACUAGACAAUGGAACAGAAUCUGCUGCCGUUGAAAAUGGAAGCGUCGGUGGUGAAGAGUUUGGCGGCUGUGUCAAUCCCUGCGAAGGUGGAUGUGGAUCCCAUGGGAUUUGCAAUGUCGAGAACCGGACGUGCGACUGUUUUUACGGGUGGACUGGCCAAAACUGUGGCUCUGCCUCGCUCUGCGGGAUUAUCCGCAACGAUGGCGACGAGGAUUUACUUCAAUGGAUCACCGAUAGGAAUGGGACAACUAACGACACCGUCGGGGAUUUUGAGGCCGUAAACUGGCACGGACCGAUUUGCAACGAAAACUGUAUCUUGACUAGUGUCAGUAGUAACGACACCGGAUGCUUUCGUCUACUUGCCUCCGACAACGACGUCAUCGACGACGUCUACAAAGAUCAACGAUACGACAACAGUCAUGUCUACGUCUGCUUUCUCGAUAUCGCUUCAUCAUGCAACGCUUCAGGUCUUCAGUUGAGCAAUCUAGUUCUCUCGAGCACACUAGGUGCGAUAGUAGUCAUAAUUGCAAUUGUCGGAGUCGCGGGGGCCAUUUUCUUGGUGGUAAAACGACGUAGACAUCGGAAUUUCUUGGCAAGUCUAACGAACAGUGACAACCUGUUGGGACAGUCAUCCGAAGGCAUAGAUUCGCUGAUGUACCACGACGUGGGUUUGUAGUCGACGCGUUUAGUGAGUGAGUGAGUGAGUAAGAGAGUACUUGGAUAAUUUUAUAUAAAACUUGUGUAGCAUGGCUAAAAAAAAUUGAUGAAUUUCUCGGUUGACAAGUGAAAAUUCUUCGAUUUUUUUGACUUAUUUUAUAAAUUUUAUUUUUAUAAACUUUUUUUUUGUCAAUAAAGUAGUUUGUAAUAUUGUUUAAAAUAAAUGAAAAUACAAUCUA